CCCCCUGCGAGCACGCUUGAAUGAACACUGAGAGCGCGGCAGCACCCGGACACCGGAGGCUGCAGCAGGUCCGACGCGCACCAUGAGCGCCCCGCUCGCCCUCGUCACCUUCCUCGCCAUCGCCUCCGCCGCCGCCGCCAAGCCCAACGCCGGCCUGAGGACGUGGGGUCGCUUCGACAAGCUGCCCUAUCCGGGCGACAAGGCUUUCCUCUACGACACCUUCCCGGAGGACUUCAUGUGGGCGGUGGGCACGGCGGCGUACCAGGUGGAGGGCGCGUUCGAGAAGGACGGCAAGGGGCUCUCCAUCUGGGACACGUUCCGGCGCGGCGGCAACCGGAUGGCCACCGGGGACGUCGGCAGCGACAGCUACCACAACGUGUACAAGGACGUGCGCGCCAUCGCGCAGCUCGGAGUCAGCCACUACCGCUUCUCCCUCUCCUGGUCCAGGAUCUUUCCCAACGGCACCCGCGGGAGCUACAACGAAAUCGGCACCAACUACUACCGGACCCUCCUGCGGAGGCUGAAGGAGAUCCGCGUGCAGCCGGUGGUCACGCUCUACCACUGGGACCUGCCCGACCACCUGCAGCAGACCCUCGGCGGCUGGAGCCACCCGGAGAUUGUGGGCAUUUUCAAGGACUACGCCGAUUUCUGUUUCCAGACGUUCGGGGAUGACGUGAAGUACUGGAUCACUAUCGAUAACCCGUUUGUGGUGGCGCGGCACGGGUACGGCACCGGGGUGGUGGCUCCCGGGAUAAAGAACGACCCCGACCUCCCGUUCCGCGUUGGGCACAAUCUCAUUAAGGCUCACGCGGCCGUGUGGCACCUCUACGACCGCCACUACCGCCCCCGGCAGCGGGGCCGGCUGUCCAUGGCGCUGGCCUCCCACUGGAUCAAGCCCAGCCGCACUCGCCUGGAAAGCCUGCGAGAGUGUCAGUGCUCCCUGGACCACGUCCUGGGCUGGUUCGCCCGGCCUCUCUUCGUCGACGGGGACUACCCCCCCUGCAUGAAGGCGAGGCUGGGCUCGCGGCUGCCCUCUUUCACCCCGGAGGAGAGGGCCCAGGUGAGGGGAACGGCCGACUUCUUCGCCCUCUCCCACGGAGCCGCCUUGAGCUUCCAGCUCAUCAACGACAGCCUGAAGUUUGGGCAGCAGGAGGAGCUGGACCUGCGGAUGCUGCUCUACUGGGUCAACGCCGAGUACGACAAGCCGCCCAUCUUCGUGGUGCAGAGUGGGUGGUAUGUCCUCGGCAACACUAAGACCGAAGACCCCAAACACAUGUACUACCUCAAGAGGUUCAUCGCAGAGGCCCUGAAGUCCAUCGUCAUAGAUGGAGUGAAUGUGAUCGGAUACACGGCCUGGUCCCUGAUGGACGGCUUCGAGUGGCACAGGGAAUAUGGGAUACGAAGGGGACUGUACUACGUGGACUUCAACGCCCCUGACAUGAAGAGAGAGCCCAAGACGUCCGCCACCUUUUACAGAAACGUCAUCCAGAAGAACGGUUUCCCAGAACUGCCAGAGAACAAACCGGCACAAGGAAGCUUCCCGUGUGACUUUGCCUGGGGGGUAUCAGCCAACUCCAUACAGGUGGAGACCACGCCCAGCCAGUUUGCAGACCCCAGCGUGUACUUGUGGAACAUCUCCAACAAUGGAGAGCUGAUGAGGCUGGAGGGCUUCAGCGCACCUCCUGUACGCCGGGCCGCACACUGCGCUGAUUACGCCACCAUCCGACAACAGGUGGAUGAAAUCCGGCAGGUCGGAGUCAACCACUUCCACUUCUCCCUCAACUGGUCAGCUGUGGUGCCUACAGGCGACGUGGCUCAUCCUAACACCACCCUGCUGGGCUACUACCGCUGCUUCACCAGCCAGCUGCUGCAGGCCAACGUCACGCCCGUGGUCACUCUGUGGCACCACACGCGCCUGCGCAGCAGCCUGCCGGCCCCACUGGACACGGCCAACAAGUGGCUCAACAGAGAGACCCCAAAGGCGUUCGCAGACUACGCCAGGCUGUGUUACAGAGAACUGGGGGCCCACGUGAAGAUGUGGAUCACUCUGAAUGAGCCCAACGAUGAGAUGGUGACCUACCAGGAGGGUCAUCACAUGCUGCAAGCGCACGCUCGGGCCUGGCACGUCUACGACAACGAGUUCAGGCACGCACAGGGAGGAAAGGUGUCCCUGGCCCUGCACAUGGAUUGGGUGGAACCGGCGUUUUCGUUCAGCCGCGAAGACGUGGAGCCGGCCAAAAGGGUUUUAGACUUCCGCGUUGGCUGGUUCGCAGAGCCGGUCUUCGGCAGCGGGGACUAUCCUCUGGGGAUGAGGAGCUGGCUGAGGCAGCUCAACUCACUGGAGCUGCCGGUGUUCAAUGAAGGGGACAGAGAGCUGGUUAGAGGGACGUAUGACUUCUUUGCCAUUAGUCACUUCAGCACCGAGCUGGUGACACACGCCAUGGAAGACUCGUACACCUACACGGCGAUGCUGGAGGUCCAGCAGAUGAUAGACACCACGUGGAUGAAGUCUCCCAGGCCCGUUGUGCCCUGGGGUCUGAGGAAAGCCCUCAACUGGGUGAGGGAGCACUACCGCGACGUACCCGUCUAUGUGAUGGCCAACGGGGUACAGGAAGACCCGGCCCGCUUCAAAGACAGCCUCCGAGUCUACUACCUGUACAACUACAUCAACGAGGCGCUGAAAGCUCACACUCUGGACGGCGUGAACCUGAAGGGUUACUUCGCUUACGCCCUGAGCGACCAGAGGGACCCGGGCUUCGGCCUGUACGGACACAUUCAGGAGGAGGCCAUCGUCAAGGCCUCCCUCUCCAACUAUCGCAACAUCAUCAAGCACAACGGCUUCCCCGUCCAGGGAGCCGCGGCCCAACCGUGUCCCAGCGUCCCUCAGCCCUGCCCGGGCUGCCACGUGCUGGCCAAGAAGUCUGUGGUGGGCUUCCUGACUCUGGUGGGCUCAGGGGUGCUGAUCACCUUGGGGCUCAUUGUCUACUACACAGCCAAGAGACACAAAGAGUACUACUGAUGGUUGUGACUGGGAUUUGGUUUUUAUGAAUCACUCAAGAAUUGAAUUGUUAUCAGCUGCAGAUGAUGUUUUUAUCCAUUUUCCAUUUAUACCCUUAAGAUAAUUUAUGCAUAGAAUCCAAAAGAAGGAAACUUCUGAUUGUAGGGGAAAGAGGAUGUGUGUGUGUGUGUGUCGGCCUUUGAGGACGGACAGAACUGAAUAAACUAUUUUUAAUGUUUU